ACUGUGGGGAGUGGGAAGGCAGGAAGGAUGGCUGGGGGAACAGGGGUGUUGCCGGGAAGCACAGGGGCUGCUGAGGAAUUGCCCCAGAAUGGGCAGGCUUUAUUCUGCAGGAAAACUCAAGGCCCACCGCUCUGGUGGGGCAGCUUUCUAAGAAACGUGACUGUGGCCCCAGAGACUCAGAACUGGUAGUACAGGUCACGACCUGCAGCUUGCCUCCUUCCAACACUUGGGAUAGCUCUGGGAAGCCUCUUUUCAACUCCCCAUCCCCAGUUCUGACUGCUCCUUUCAUGCAAGAUAUGCACCAUUCUGUAUCGUUCUCCUAUGUCUUUUUGAACUGUCGGUAGUACUGGGAGCCCAGAGAGAGAAACCAGAACCAGGCCAGGAGUAAAGGAUGAGGUGUUACCCCCCCGAAAUUGUUCUAGCUCCAACCCUGUGCCCCCAGGAGCCACCUUGUGAACCCUAACAGUUGCCUAUUCUGCUCUUGUACCCUCUGGUGGUGCUGGGUGUGUGUGUGUCUGUCUCUGUGCUUGCGUGGGAGGAGCAGAGCAGGCCUGCAGCCUUCUUUGUGCACACACCUGUGCAAAGAGGUGAUGUCAGGUGUUUAUAUCAUCUCUGCACCCUGGGGACCCUGGGUGAGCUCACCUCCCACAGGCUCAGUCAGGUGCUAAUGAAGCCCUCCCUCACUGACCUGGGUCUGGGCUCAUCAUUGGCUCCAAAGACUAAGGCUGGUUUGGGGGGACCCUGAGGACAGGUCGGAACUGUUUCAGGGGCUGACGUAGAAAUCAUGUGACUCUGUAGUACGCUGCAUGCUGGAUGGCAGCAUGGCUUCCCGCCUCUGUGGCUUCCAUACCAUCCCUGGUCCCUGAGCCUCUGGCUCCCCUGCCCUUCGUGGCCUGGCUUCCCAGCCCCAGCUGUGCCUGCGUCUCUGGGCUGCCUGGACAGCCUGAUUUGGGUCCUGUAGUGAAGGGUGUCUAGAGUCAAGGAGGGCUGACAACUGUUCUUUACUUCCUGCCCUGUGUGACCUGGGCCCAGGGCCUAGCUGGACCCUGCCAUGUGGGCAGCGGUGUGCGGAAGGAAAUAGCCACUGAGGAAGUUGGGAGGGGAAGUGUCCCACUCUGGGGCGGGAGGUGCGGCUGACCCUGAGAGUGAGAGCCAUCGGUCUUAUGGCUUCCUCUGGCCGGAAGCUGCGGCUGAGAUAUCCUUCCUUCCUUCCUCCUUGGGAGCCCAGAUUUGCCCCUUCGCAGGCUGGGAAUGGCCAAGGAGGCUCGGGUGGAGCUGUCAGCCCAAAGGCAACUCAGAAAAUGUCUUUAUUGCCAGUCAGUAAAGAAAAUGCCUUUAUUGCCAGUCAGUAAAGCAGGGACUUGGCUGGCAUCUGUUACUGGGGUGCUGGCUGGGAUACGGGAGGCUGAGGUCAUUGUACCUAGGAGGCCAUUCAUUGUAAAAGGGAAGGCUGGCCCCUUUGGCCCUGCUCAACCCUGCCUCGUUCCUGCAGAGCUGGCAACGGUGGCACGACGGUUCUCCCAAACGGGCAUCCAGGACUUCCUGACGCUGACCCUGACCGAGCGGACGGGGCUCCUGUACGUGGGGGCCCGGGAGGCCCUGUUUGCCUUCAAUGUGGAGGCUCUGGAGCUGCAAGGAGUGAUCUCGUGGGAGGCCCCAGCUGAGAAGAAGGCUGAGUGUACCCAGAAAGGGAAGAGUAACCAGACGGAGUGUUUCAACUUCAUCCGCUUCCUGCAGCCCUACAAUGCCUCCCACCUGUAUGUCUGUGGUACCUACGCCUUCCAGCCCAAGUGCACCUACAUCGACACGCUUACCUUCUCUCUGGAGCGCAGAGAGUUGGAGGAUGGGAAGGGAAAGUGUCCCUAUGACCCAACUAAGGGCCACACUGGCCUCCUUGUCGAUGGCGAGCUGUAUUCGGCCACGUUCAACAACUUCCUGGGCACGGAGCCUGUUAUCCUGCGUAACAUGGGGCCCCACUACUCCAUGAAGACAGAAUAUCUGGCCUUUUGGCUCAACGAGCCUCACUUUGUAGGUUCUGCCUACGUACCCGAGAGUGUGGGGAGCUUCACAGGUGAUGAUGACAAGAUCUACUUCUUCUUCAGUGAGCGGGCGGUGGAGUACGACUGCUAUGCUGAGCAGGUGGUGGCUCGGGUAGCCCGGGUCUGCAAGGGAGACCUGGGGGGCGCACGGACCCUGCAGAGGAAGUGGACCACGUUCCUGAAGGCGCGGCUUGUGUGCUCUGCUCCCGACUGGCAGCUGCACUUCAACCAGCUGCAGGCGCUGCACACCCUGCAGGGCACCUCUUGGCACAACACCACCUUCUUUGGGGUGUUUCGGGCACGAUGGGGCGAUGUGGACCUGUCGGCCAUCUGCGAGUACCAAUUGGAAGAGAUCCAGCGGGUAUUUGAGGGCCCCUACAAGGAAUACCGCGAGCAAGCCCAGAAGUGGGGCCGCUAUACCGAUCCAGUCCCCAGUCCUCGACCUGGCUCGUGUAUCAACAACUGGCACCGCCAUCAUGGCUAUACCAGCUCUCUCGAACUGCCCGACAACACGCUCAAUUUCAUCAAGAAGCACCCGCUGAUGGAGGAGCAGGUGGGCCCUCGGUGGCGUCACCCCCUGCUCGUGAAGAAGGACACCAACUUCACCCACUUGGUGGCUGACCGGGUUGCAGGGCUUGACGGAAUCACCUAUAUAGUGCUGUUCAUUGGUACAGGAGACGGUUGGCUGCUCAAGGCCGUGAGCCGGGGGCCCUGGAUCUACCUGAUUGAGGAGCUGCAGGUGUUUGAUCAGGAGCCAGUGGACAGCCUGGUCCUGUCCCAGAGCAAGAAGCUGCUCUUUGCGGGUUCCCGCUCACAGCUUGUCCAGCUGCCCCUGGCCGACUGUAUCAAGUACCGCUCCUGUGCAGACUGCGUCCUGGCUCGGGACCCCUACUGCGCCUGGAACGUCAACACCAGCCGCUGCGUAGCCCCAGGGGGCCACUCUGGAUCCCUGCUGAUCCAGCAUGUGACAAUCUCAGACACCUCAGCCAUCUGUAACCUGCGUGGCACCAAGAAAGUGAGGCUCACUCCCAAAAAUAUCACGGUGGUGGCGGGCACGGACCUGGUACUGCCUUGCCGCCUUUCCUCCAACCUGGCCCAUGCCCGCUGGACCUUUGGUGGCCGGGACCUGCCCGCGGAACAGCCUGGCUCCUUCCUCUAUGAUGCCCGACUCCAGGCCCUGGUGGUGAUGGCCGCCCAGCCCCGCCACGCUGGGGCCUACCACUGCUUUUCCGAGGAGCAGGGGGCACGGCUGGCUGCCGAAGGCUACCUUGUGGCUGUGGUGGCCGGCCCAUCAGUGACCCUGGAGGCCCGGGCUCCCCUGGAAAACCUGGGGCUGGUGUGGCUGGCCGUGGUGGCUCUGGGGGCUGUGUGCCUGGUGCUGCUGCUGCUCGUCUUGUCACUGCGCCGGCGGCUGCGUGAGGAGCUGGAGAAAGGUGCCAAGGCGGCCGAGAGGACCCUGGUGUACCCUCUGGAGCUGCCCAAGGAGCCCACCAGUCCCCCGUUCCGGCCCGGCCCUGAGACAGACGAGAAACUUUGGGAUCCUGUUGGCUACUACUACUCAGAUGGCUCCCUGAAGAUUGUGCCUGGUCAUGCCCGGUGCCAGCCCGGUGGCGGGCCCCCUUCUCCACCACCUGGCAUCCCGGGCCAACCCCUGCCGUCUCCAACACGGCUUCACCUGGGGGGCGGGCGGAACUCAAAUGCCAACGGUUAUGUGCGCCUACAGCUAGGAGGGGAGGCCCGGGGUGGGCUCGGGCACCCGCUGCCGGAGCUCGCUGAUGAACUGAGGCGGAAGCUGCAGCAGCGCCAGCCGCUGCCCGACUCCAACCCCGAGGAGUCGUCGGUAUGAGGCGAACCCCCCCACCGUGUUGGGGGCUUGUGGGAGGGGCAGCUCCUACUUUUGCACAGGCACCAGCUACCUCAGGGACACGGCAGGGCACCCACGCUGCCUGGGACAUGGGACAGACCCUGCCCAGCACCCGCCCAGCCAUGAGGUCCUGCUCUGCUCAGCAUGGGCACUGCCACUUGGCGUGGCUCACCAGGUCACCAGACUCAGAGGGGGCAUCUCCCUCCUCUCUGUGAAUCGUGGACACGUGGGACCCCAGCAGCCAAAACUUUUCAAGGCAGAAGUUGGAGAUGUGGGUGUGUUUGUACGUAUGUAUGUGCGUGUAUGUGGGUGUUUGCACGUGUGUGUGACAUGGCCUUGCCGUUUCUGUCGAGUCUUCCCUUGGCCUGGGGGCCUCCUGGUGAGUCUUUUGGAGCUAUGAAGGGGAAGGGGCUGGACCACUUUGCCUCUUCUACCCCCACCUGUCCUGAGCGGGGCAGGGAU